AUGUCUGCUCCUGCUGCUUUCUCCGACAUCGCCAAGGCGGCCAAUGACCUCCUGAACAAGGACUUCUACCACGCCAGCCCGGCGUCCCUUGAGGUCAAGUCCAAGGCCCCCAACGGUGUCACCUUCACCGUCAAGGGCAAGUCCUCCCACGAGGGUUCCAUUGCUGGCCAGCUCGAGGCCAAGUACGUUGAUGCGCCCACCGGUCUUACCCUGACCCAGGCUUGGACCACCGCCAACGCCCUCGACACCAAGCUCGAGCUGGACAACAACAUCGCCAAGGGCCUCAAGGCUGAGAUCCUCACCCAGUACCAGCCCGCCAAGCAGUCCAAGGGUGCCAAGCUCAACCUGUACUUCAAGCAGCCCAACCUGCACGCCCGUGCCUUCUUCGACCUCCUGAACGGCCCUACCGCCAACCUGGAUGCCGUUCUCGGCCACGAGGGCUUCCUCGUCGGUGCUGAGGGUGGUUACGAUGUCAACAAGGCUGCCAUCACCAAGUACUCCGCUGCCGUCGGUUACUCCGUUCCCCAGUACUCUGCUGCCAUCACUGCCAGCAACAACCUGUCCCUCUUCUCCGCCUCUUACUACCACCGCGUCAACGCUCAGGUUGAGGCCGGUGCUAAGGCUUCCUGGGACUCCACCUCCGGUAACGCCGUCGGCCUUGAGGUCGCCAGCAAGUACCGCCUGGACCCCUCUUCCUUCGCCAAGGCCAAGAUCAACGACCGUGGUAUCGCCGCUCUGGCUUACAACGUUCUCCUCCGCCCUGGUGUCACCCUCGGCCUGGGUGCCUCUUUCGAUACCCAGAACCUGAACCAGGCCGCCCACAAGGUUGGCGCCAGCUUCACCUUCGAGGCUUAA